AUGGGUGGACACGGUGGUUUAAAUAUUCUACCAUAGAAAAAAUGGAAUGUUUAUAAUAGAGAUAAUAGAGCAAAAGUUGAGAGGGAUAAAAAGAAGAUACAUGAGAGAAGAAAUUAAGAUGUUGAUAAACAAAUAAAAAACGAAUCUUCUCAAAGAAUAUAAGAAUUAAGAAGUAAAAAGAGUAAAAGUGAGAGAUCUGAUGAACAAAGGAAAGAAAGAAAUUAUGGAUCUUCAGCAAUAAGGCAACAUGAAAAAUUUAUAGAGAAGCAAGAGAAGGAAGAAUAAAUUGCGCAACAAAAACUGAAAAAUGUAAAUUUAUUCGAAGCAGAAGAGUAAAUGAUGAAAUAAGAAGCUUAAAAAAAGCUAGACAUGCAAAAUUCUAAAUUCUUUGAAGGAAAGCCUUUCGACUCAGACACUAAAUUUGGUGGAAAUUUUAAGGAUUAAUAAUAAGUUCCUUGGUACAUUUAAAGUAAUAAAUAAAGUUAAAAGUUGAAAGAUCGUGAAGAAAGUCCUGAAACUAUUAAGAGAAAAGAUGAACUUAAAAAGUAAAUUAAUGACUUUAGAAAGCACAAAGUGAAAUCGUUUUAUACAGUAAUUGAUGAUAAAAUAAUACAAUCAAACGAAAAUGAAACAAUAAUGUAAUAAGAAAAUAAUCAAUAACCUCAUGAUAAUUAAGGAAAAAAUAAAAAAGAACAUAAAUAUAGAGAGCCUUCAAAAGAAAAAAAAAUUAAAAAAGAAAAGAAAAAAAGUAAAAAACAUAAACGUCAUCACAGUUCUUCUAGUAGAUCUUCUUCUGUUUCUUCUAAAUCUUCAAGAAAAGUAAAAAAAGAAAAAAAAUCUGAGUAAAAAAUUAAAUAACACAAAGAGGAUGAAAGAAUAAAAUAAGAAAAAUUGUAAAAGCUUAGAGAAGAAAGACUAAAAAGAGAAAAGUAAGAACACUUUAAGCAAACUUAGCUUUUAAAAAAAAUUAAUUGA